CAGAGCAAAGUACAGCACAACAUAGUAGGUUUUGUAAUAGCGUGCCUCUAAAUGCCAGGUAUUUCAGAUGUCAGGGAAAACAGCAGUUGACAGCUAUCCGCCAUGCCUGCAACACACCGGGCUUUUGCUCUCAUCUCUCUGCUGUCCUUCAGCGCAGCAGCACCAACAGUAGACGACUGCAAUCAGCUGACCCAGCCUCUGCAAGCUAACGAGCUUCACCAGAUCCUGGGUAGGUGGAUCUUUAUUCAGGGGCUUGCCAGUAACGGUAGCUUGGGAGACAGUUUGAGGUUUGUGGAAAGUACGUGGAUGGUGCUGAAUACAACAUCAGACAGUCGGACCCUGCAGGCAGAGAUAGCUGGCCGAGUGGUUCAACAGCUGGACGAGUCUGUUCAGCCACAAGUUCCAAAGAUGGAGGACGCCUCCAUCCCGACCAAUUCCCAGGGACCUGAGCUUUCUUCAAACCCUAGCUCCCACCCUGUCAGCAGUUCCACACCCCAUCUGGUCAUGAAGGAGGAUCGCUGCCUCAGGAAUGUUCAGAACAUGUCCCUAGUUGAUGGCAAAGACUUAGAGUUCUACAUGAAAAUUGCCAGUUCCUAUCACAGGUUCCUGCAGACCUGCCCUGACUGUCUGCUCAUGCAUACCUACUAUAAAGUAGCCAGUCACCAAAUGUUCUACUUGUUUGGGAGGAACAAGACCGUGACAGCUUCUGAUUUAGAGACCUUCAGAAAACAAGGUGAAUGCCUCAGGUUUCCCACGACACCAAAGUUUAACUACGACCCUAACAAUGAACUGUGUCCUGUGGAGGAAAAGAAGUCAGAAUCCACACCUCAACAAAACCUCCACUAACAGAGUUCUUAAUAACACUGCCACUGCUAUCGUCAAACUUACGCUGUUGAUUGGUUUUUACUCAUGAUUUAAUUGAGAGAAAUUUGAGAAGUUUGAAUGUCCAAACUGUUAAGUGCUUUUCUAAAAAAUUUUGGUUCAGGUUUUGACCCGCCUACUAGACUCUAUGUGAUUCCUGAUAGCUUAGCCAACAUGAAUGGGACAGGAAAUUUAUGUUUACUUCAGUGUCAUAUCCAUCCAUCCACCCAUCCGAAGCUUAGAUGGUCAGCUUGAUAUCUAAAAAACUGAGUUAAUUAUAAACAAGUGUUUAUCUUGGUAGAUUUUAUGCACAGAUUAAAGUUUUUUUUUAAAAAGGCAUUUAAUGCUAUUUUAACCCAAAUUUACACCAUUAGUCAACUGCAUAAACCACUUUCAUAAGGGAGGAAUGGUUUGCACACUUGAUCAAUGCUCACCCAUUGGCUGGGAGCCAGAGAGGGAUCUGCCUGAGAAAUUGAUCAAGUGAUUGUAUGACUAGCUACAGUUAUAUAGCAGUAACCUGACAAUCAAGCUGAAAGCAUAUGCUGCUUUACUGUCCAUUUAGACUGUAAUGGGUUAUUUUGUUAUACAUCACAAAAUAACCAUGACGUAAACUGUCUUCACUAAUACCUGAAACCAGAAAAUCAAAUAAUAAACUCCAAAUAAAUGAUAAAAUCUGAAAAGUGUUUCUGACAUCAGUGGUCAUGGAAGCCAAAGGCAAGACAACUGGCCGUUUCUUUGGAACGACAGCAGUUGCACCACAUUGGUCAUUACAAAUACUUCAAAUUUAUACAUGAUUUUUUCCUGAUAUUCUAACCAUGUGUUUGGUCAAAAUAUUUUGAGACAAGAAUCUGUCAGAACUUUUGUAAUUAUAUUUCUCUCUUAUUGUGUUUUGUUUCACCAGUGCAUGUGUGAUUUUUUUCCCCCUGUGCAUUUCCAAACCGAUGGUUAAAGUGGCCGGUAUUGUCAACUAA